AUGAAGGACUUCUGGGUAGACCAGGACCUGGAGGACGACCUGGGAAAAACGCAAGGUCUAAGUGGUUUGGAUGGGUUACUAGGAGUUGAGGGUAAUGAGGGUGACCCAGGGGAUAAUGGUUUCAUAGGAGCUCCUGGAAAACCUGGCAGGCCUGGCAAAAUGGGAAAACCUGGAUCUCCUGGGAUCAGGGGAAACACUGGAACUCCAGGGUUCAAGGGGAAAGCUGGACGAAAAGGAAAACAAGGACCACCUGGACCAACAGGGCCAAAGGGUCUUCCAGGACUAAGAGGAGAGAAGGGCGAGUCUGCAGUUACUGGUCCCAAGGGGAAUCCAGGUUUACAGGGGCUGAAAGGUCGAAAAGGUCAUAAAGGAAAGCGGGGCUCGGUUGGACAGAAGGGAAUGAAAGGUGUCGAAGGCAGGAGAGGACCAAAAGGAGUGAAGGGCAAGCGUGGACCUCCACAGCCCAGGUCUGUGUCCAGGCGCUGGUCUGAAGUAGAGGAGACUGAGGAAUCCUUCAGCUGGCCUCAGGGAACCAAAGAUGAUCCUGCCACCUCCUGCUACGAGCUGGGACUCAUACAUCCACAUCUGAAUGAUGGUUACUUUUACAUGGACCCCAACCAAGGCUGUCCCUACGAUGCUGUGAAGGUUUUCUGUAACUUCACAGCAGGAGGAACAACCUGCAUUGAACCUUUACAAUCCCAGAUUAAAUUAUGUUGGGAAUCAGAAAAGAAGACAUCUGUCCAGUGGUUCAGUCAGCAGCCCAAUGGAAGCAAGUUUGAGUACCCUGGUCUGGAUGUUGUCCAGCUGAGGUUCCUGCGGUUACACAGCCACACAUCUUUCCAGCGCAUGACAAUCGGCUGUACAGCAAACCAGUCCAGUACUGCUGAAACACCUAAUUCAGCCAACAGGAUGUUUCACGUACUGGGAGACUCUGGCAACGAAAUCAUUUCACACCUCGCCAUAGUGUCCAAGAAAGGCUGUGAGGUGGAGGUGGUUGUGAUGGUUCGGGGGAGCACGGAGCUACACCGUGGUGAUAUGGAGUUACUUCCUGUCAGAGAUCUGGGUGUAGAGAUUAAGUCCUUAUGUCCCAUAAUCCCUGAGGUCACUGUUGUUUUGGGACCCCUCUGCUUCUUGUGACUGAUGAAGAGUGCGUGUGUGUGUGUGUUUUUGUGUGUGUGCCUGUGCAUGAUGAACUGUAAAUAUCUCUUUUUUAUAGAAAGCUCGGAUUUUUGGUGUCUAGAUAUUUUACAUGAACAUUUUGUCAGGAUUAAUUUGCUCAGUGCUGUACUGUUUUUGUGUAUAUUUAUUGAAUUGUUACAGGCUGAAUAAAUUGUUAGAUUUUAUCAUAUUAAUUAUAUGAACUUAUUAAAUGUUUACGUAGCACCAAAUUUAUUUGUUUAGGUGAGAUUGACUUUGAAAUGAAUGUGUUUAUAUCACAACUCAGUGUAUUCACCGUCCUCACUGGGGGAGGAUGUGUAGCACUAUCAAAAUAAAAUGACGACAUUGAUCAUGUGUAA